AUGGCGAGGAGCGGACUACCGCCGGAGGGGUCCGCCGCCGACCCUCCCGGCCCCCCCGGGGCGCCCGCCGGGGUGCCUCGGCCCGCCCCGCGGCCCUCGCUCUGGCGGUGCCCGGACGGCAGCUUCGUGAAACGGAUCGUGACCCCGGGCCGGGGCCUAGACAAACCCAAGAGCGGCUCCCGUUGCCGGGUGGCGGUGGCGGCGAUGCCCGGCUGGGCCGGCGACUCGGCGGACCUCACCCUGGGCGUGGGGCCUUGGAGGGAGGAGCCCUGGGGACAGCUGAUGGAGAAAUGCCUGGAGUCCAUGCGGCUGGGGGAGGAGGCGGAGCUGCUGCUCCCCGGGGACCCCCGGCCCCCGCCCCGCCUCACCUUGACGGCUUUCACCCCGGGCCGGGACUCCUGGGAGCUGGACCCCGGGGAGAAGGAGGCUCUGGCCCGGGAGGAGAGGGCCCUGGGCACGGAGCUCUUCCGGGCCGGGGACGUGCGGGGGGCGGCCCGCUGCUACGGCCGGGCCUUGCGGUUGUUGCUGACCCUCCCCCCGCCGGGCCCCCCGGGGCGCACGGCCCUCCACGCCAACCUGGCGGCCUGCCAGCUCCUCCUGGGGCAGCCCCGGCUGGCGGCGCAGAGCUGCGAGAGGGCCCUGGAGCGGGAGCCGGGCCACCUCAAGGCGCUCUACCGGAGGGGGGCGGCCCGGGCGGCCCUGGGGGAGCUGGGCGAGGCGGCCGCCGACCUGCGGAGGGUCCUGGAGGCGGAACCGGCCAACCGGGCGGCCCGGGAGGCGCUGGCGAGCGUGGUGGCGAAGGGCCGGGAGCGGGACGCGGAGCUGGCCCGGGGGCUGCGCAAAAUGUUCACUUGAUUAAAGGCCGUUCGUUCAUUCGUCCGAUCGUACUUA